UCGCUGGGAGGGAGAGCUCCGGAGAGGCAGUGGUGAUAAAGACAGGCUUUUGAGAGGAAGCUAGGGAGCCAAAAUCGCCCUCACCAUAGGAUUACAGGUUUAUGGAUUUCCAGUGGUCCAGGCUGAUAGAUGAGAGGAGCUGUUUGUGACUGAAUUGAAAUAUUUCCUCGGAAAGGCGUUUGGCUUGGGAGUCAUGGAGCCCGGAGAAGGGAGCCCUCAGCAGACAAGGCAAGUGCUGCUUUUCUUUGUUUUUCUGGGAGGGUCUUUGGUGUGUUCAGAAACCUGGCGCUAUUCUGUGGCAGAGGAAACGGAGAUUGGCUCCUUUGUAGGCAACGUGGUGAAAGACAUAGGUUUGGAUGUGGGAGACCUGGCUGCACAGGGGGCCAGAGUGAUCUUUGACGACUAUAAAUCGUACCUGCAGUUGGAUCAGCAAACUGGCAACUUGCUCUUAAAUGAGAAACUGGACCGGGAGGCACUCUGCGACCUCACAGAGCCAUGUAUAUUGCAUUUCCAGGUAUUAUUAGAAAAUCCUUUGCAAUUUUUUCGUGCUGAGCUUUUGGUCAAAGACAUAAAUGAUCACACUCCCACGUUCCUAGACAAAGAUAUACUUCUGAAAAUCUCAGAAAGUACUGCUACAGGAACCUCAUUCCAAAUGGAUAGCGCUCAGGACUUGGAUGUAGGAAAGAACGGUGUUCAAAACUACACCUUAAGCCCCAGUCCUUACUUCCACCUUAAACUGCAGGACAGUGAGGAGGGUAGAAAAUACCCAGAGCUGUUACUGGACCAAACUCUGGAUCGAGAAAAGGAGCCUGAGCUUAGAUUAACGCUAACAGCCCUGGAUGGUGGGUCUCCGCCCAGAUCUGGAACCACACAUGUGCGGGUGUUGGUCUUAGAUAUUAAUGACAAUGCCCCAGAAUUUGAAAGGCCCACCUAUGAGGUUCUGGUACCAGAAAACAGCCCUCUGGACUCCCUGGUUGUCAAGGUGUCUGCUACAGACUUGGAUGCAGGAAUAAAUGGAGAACUAUCUUAUUCAUUUUCCCACGUCUCCAGAGACAUACGCAACACUUUUGAAAUCCACCCAGUUUCUGGCGAAGUCCGUUUAAAAGCACUUCUGGAUUUUGAAUUAAUUCAGUCUUAUACAAUAAGUAUUCAGGCCAUUGACGGUGGGGGCCUUUCAGGAAAAUCAGCAAUUUUAGUUAGUGUGGUAGAUGUGAAUGACAACCCACCGGAAAUAGUCAUAACGUCUCUUAAUAGCCCCAUACAAGAAAAUUCAUCGCCUGACAUUGUAGUCGCUGUUUUUAGCCUACGAGACCAAGACUCUGGAGACAACGGAAGGAUGGUUUGCUCCAUCCAGGAUGAUCUCCCCUUCCUCUUGAAGCCGACCUUCAAAAAUUUCUACACUCUCGUAACAGAGGGCCCACUGGACAGAGAAAGUCAAGCCGAGUACAACAUCACCAUCACCGUCUCCGACCUGGGGACCCCCCGGCGGCACACCCAGCACAACCUGACCGUGCGCGUGGCCGACGUCAACGACAACGCGCCCGCCUUCAGCCAGCCCGCCUACACCCUGCGCGUCCGCGAGAACAACAGCCCCGCCCUGCACAUCGGCACCGUCCGCGCCACCGACGCCGACGCGGGCGCCAACGCCCAGCUCACCUACUCGCUGCUGCCGCCCUCCGACCCGCACCUGCCCCUCGCCUCGCUCGUGGCCAUCAACCCCGACACCGGCCAGCUCUUCGCCCUGCGCGCCCUCGACUACGAGGCCCUGCGCGCCUUCGACUUCCAGGUGCGCGCCGCCGACCGCGGCGCGCCCGCGCUCAGCAGCCAGGCGCGGGUGCGCGUGCUCGUGGCCGACGCCAACGACCACGCGCCCGUCGUGCUCUACCCGCCGCAGAACGCCUCGGCGCCCUGCCCCGAGCUGCUGCCCCGGGCGGCCGAGCCGGGCUACCUGCUGGCCAAGGUGGUGGCGGUGGACGGCGACGCGGGCCAGAACGCCUGGCUGUCCUACCGCCUGCUGCAGGCCACCGAGCCCGGGCUCUUCGGCGUGGGCGCGCACAGCGGCGAGGUGCGCACGGCCCGCCCGCUGAGCGAGCGCGACGCGCCCCGGCAGCGGCUGCUGCUGCUGGUGCGGGACCACGGCGAGCCGCCGCUCUCGGCCAGCGUCGCGCUGCACGUGCUGCUGGUGGACGGCUUCUCGCAGCCCUACCUGCCGCCGCCCGAGGCCCCCGGCCGCGCGCCGGGCGCCGGCGCGGACGAGCCGCUCACCGUCUCGCUGGUGGGGGCGCUGGCGUGCGUGUCGGCGCUGCUGGUGGGGGCGCUGCUGGCCUUGGGGGCGGGGCGGCUGUGCCGGCGGGGCGGGGCGGCCUCGGCGGGGGGCGGCUCGGGGCCCGCGGAGGGCGGCGUCGCGGGCCAGCUGCUGGACGUGGGCGGCACGGGGACCCUGGCCCACGGCUACCGCUACGAGGUGUGCCUGGCGGGGGGCGCUGGGACCAGCGAGUUCAAGUUUCUGAAGUCUGUUGCCUCCAAUCACCAGGAUGUGAAUGAUGUAGAGGAAAAUUCAAACUUUGUUAAUGGUUUUGGAUUCAAUUAGGAAUUUUGCUUUAUAGCAUUCGGGAUGAAAGUUUUCUUUCAAUAUACUAUGUGUCCAUUAGCUUUUCCGUCCAUAUUUAAU